AUGGUGUCGCUAAAGUUCGUGUGUGCGGUAGUGUGCGUGCUGGCAGUGGCCGGCCGAGGAUACGCGGCCGAGGAUAGCACCGUGCGGGCCCUUCGCAAGGUGUACUCGCUGUGUGAGGACAGCGACGAGCUGCUAAAGUGCAUCAAGGUGCAGGCACUUAAGCUGACCGACCGUGCGAUCAAGCUGCCCAGCAUCAAGCUGCUGGAUGGAGUCGCGAUCGUGAAGAAGCAGGACGGUGGUGAAUCCGCGAGCCGCACCCUGGGAGCUGACCCGACCCUGAGCGAAGCCGAGCUGGCUCGUCUGCCGUCCGGAAAGGUCGAUGAGCUGCUGUUCCAGCGCGCCCAGCGAUUCAUGGAUGGACACCAGCUGCAGCUGAACGUGCCGCGUAUGCUUGCCUCGGGUCAGCAGGAAACCGGCCGCCUGGUCGAGGAGGGCCGCAAGAAGAUGAAGAAAUACCUCGGACCAUUCCUCGCUGCAAUGGCUAUCAAGGGAGGUAUCCUGACCAUGGUGUACCACUCGAUCGCCAUCGUCGCCGGUAAGGCGCUCAUCAUCGGCAAGAUCGCGCUCGUCAUCUCCGCCAUCAUCGGGCUGAAGAAGCUGGUCACGCCGGAAGGACACGAGAAGACGACCUACGAGAUUGUGAAGCACCCGCACGUCCAGCAGAGCCACACGUACUCCUCCAACCACGGUGAUUUCGACACGCACGAGGCUGGCCAGUUCCACCGCAGCUUCGGAAACUCCGUCGACAUGAUGAUGCAGGAUCGCGCCUACCACGCUCAUGUCCCCAAGAACUAGAGCAAGCGA